AGGGGACUACAAGUAAAAACACUUCUUCAUAUCUCAAGUACUCAAAUGAAGGGGAGUAUUAUUUACUCAUAAAUUAUUGAACAAUUACUAAUAUAUAUUUUAAAAAAUCUAAAGAAAACAGUUUCAAAUUAAACGCUGAUGCUUAAAGUUCUGUAAAAUGAUAAAAGUAUUGAUUUUAAGUUUUUGCUUCCUAAGCGCCAAAAGUGUUGCGAGUACUACUGAGCUGGCUCAAGUUGAUAUCGAAAAUGGAUCCGUAUCCCAAGCUGUUGACAAUUUUGAACCAGCCCAAGUUAAUAAUAACAAUGGACUCGACUCCAAUAUAAUGGAUAACUUAUCGGAACACACAUCCAAUGUUUUACAAGACUCCUCUGACCUAGCUCCAGCCGAUGAUAACAACAAUGGACCCAUCUCUAACAUGAUGGAUAAUUUAUCCCAACACACUUCCAGUGUAACCAGUGAACUUUUAUCUAAAUUAUCAGCCAAAAUGCAACGUACUACCAAAACUUUAGUUGGUAAUAUUGAAGUAGUCGUUAGCUCCGCCCUUAAACAACUCUCACAACCCCCUAGAGGAUUUUGAGAAUAACAUCAGUGCCUCACAAUGUCAACCUCUAGUAACAUUGGAUGAAUUGCAAAAACGUAUUGAUACCGAUCUGACUAAAUGUACACAAAAUCUUAGCGACAUCUUAACUACAUUUCAAAACGAUGCCGCUGAUUUUGAAAGUCUUCUGGAGCAAAAUAUUAAGAAUAUUAUUGCUUUACCCCAACAGUGUGAAGGUGUUGAUAGUGGAAGCGGUUUCGCCAGCCAUGUUGGCUGUUAUGUGGAAAAAUUGCCGAGAUAAAUAAACAAAUUGCUGCUAUUUUAAAUACUGCCAGCAUGACUUUAGUUCAUACCCGCCAAUUGGCUGAACAGGCUGUUCAAGAAGGUCGCAGUUGUGCCGAUAAUGUGGUCGCUACCACUGUGGAAUCUUUGGACAAAAUGUUGGCUUCGUGUCAGUUAAUUUUAAAUUAAAUGUAUUUUUAUUGAUUUGAAAUAUGUAUGUACAUAUUUCGUUAGAAAGAUUUUAAAACGCAACAUUUAUUAUAUAAUUUUCAAAUCAUUAUUAAAGUUUGAAAUUUGAA